AUGGCUGACAAGGAAGUUGCCCUUGACGACGUGGUGGAAGAACGUGUGAUCAACGAGGAGUACAAAAUAUGGAAGAAAAACACCCCUUUUCUUUAUGAUUUGGUGGUGACCCAUGCCCUGGAGUCAUCUGCCCAGUGGCUUCCAGAUGUUACCAGGCCUGAGGGGAAAGAUUUCAGCAUUCAUCGACUUGUUCUGGGAACACAGACAUCGGAUGAACAAAACCACCCGGUGACAGCCAGUGUCCAGCUCCCUAAUGACGAGGCUCAGGUUGAUGCUUCACACUAUGACAGUGAAAAAGGAGAAUUUGGAGGUUUUGGCUCUGUCAGCGGGAAAAUUGAAAUAGAAAUCACGAUCAACCAUGAAGGAGAAGUAAAAAGGGCUCGGUACAUGCCCCAGAAGAACCCUUGCAUCAUUGCAACAAUGACUGCAUCCAGUGAGGUGGUUUAUUUUGACUACACAAAGCAUCCUUCUAAACCAGACCCUGGAGAGUGCAACCCAGAUUUGCAUCUCCGCGGACAUCAGAAGGAAGGUUAUGGUCUUUCUUGGAAUCCAAAUCUCAGCGGGCACUUACUCAGUGCUUCAGAUGACCACUGCCUAUGGGACAUCAGUGUAGUUCCAAAGGAAGGAAGAGUGGUGGAUGCAAAGACCAUCUUCACGGGGCAUACAGCAGUAGUAGAGGGUGUUUCCUGGCAUCUGCUCCUCGAGUCUCUGUUUGGGUCAGUUGCCGAUGAUCAGAAACUUUUGAUUUGGGAUACUCAUUCCAACAAUACUUCCAAGCCAGGCCACUUAGUCGAUGCUCACACCGCGAACUGCCUGUCUUUCAAACCUUGCAGUGAGUCCAUUCUUGCCACAGGGUCAGCUGACAAGACUGUUGCCUUGUGGGGUCUGAGAAAUCUGAAACUCAAGUUGCAUUCAUUUACAUCACAUACGGAUGAAAUAUUCCAAGUUCAGUGGUCACCUCACAAUGAGACUAUUUUGGCUUCUAGCGGUACCGAUCGUAGGUUGAAUGUGUGGAAUUUAAGUAAAAUUGGAGAAGAACAGUCCCCAGAAGAUGCAGAAGAAACACCAGAGCUGCUGUUUAUUCAUGGUGGUCACACUGCCAAGAUACCUGAUUUCUCCUGGAAUCCCAAUGAACCUUGGGUGAUUUGUUCUGUAUCAGAAGACAAUAUCAUGCAGCGUGGCAGUUGGCGGCAGUUGGCAGAGAAUGUUUACAGUGCUGAAGACCCUGAAGGAUGUGUGGAUCCGGAAGGACAUGGAUCCUAGACAUGUCUGCACUUGUGAGUCAGACUCCCCUUGUUUUCUUCUGAACCCUGAGAUGGAUUUAAGACUGGUUUGAGACACAGACUUUGUUCAGCUAUUUGGCUACAAUAGGUGCCACCAACAAUACUAUUAGCCCAAACCAUGGGUGUUUUCUAAAAUCUU